GGUCACGGCGUGGAACUGAGGGGUGCUGAGGCAGUGCUGGAGGAGGAGCGGGGCGGGCGGGAAGGACGCGGGACGGCGGCGGAGCCGGAGCCGGAGCCGGUCUCUGGGCGCGCUGAGCGGGAAGGCAACGGACGGCUCCGCCAUGUCCUACUGCAGGCAAGAAGGAAAAGACAAAAUUAUAUUUGUGACUAAGGAGGACCAUGAGACACCAAGCAGUGCUGAACUGGUUGCAGAUGAUCCAGAUGACCCUUAUGAAGAACAAGGAUUGAUAUUGCCCAAUGGAGAUAUCAAUUGGAACUGCCCAUGUCUGGGUGGAAUGGCUAGUGGUCCCUGUGGGGAGCAGUUCAAGUCAGCCUUUUCUUGUUUCCACUAUAGCACAGAAGAAAUAAAGGGAUCAGACUGUGUGGACCAAUUCCGUGCUAUGCAAGAAUGCAUGCAAAAAUACCCAGAUCUUUAUCCUCAAGAGGAUGAAAACGAAGAGAAAGAGAAGUCAAGCAAAGAUUUGGAAGCUACUCCUGUGGAAGAUUCUGUUGCCAAAGAGGAGAAAGGAUCUAGCUAAUGAAGAUGCAAGGAGGCUGUUGUCUCCAUUUCUCCUUUUCAGAGGCGCGGACUUUUGCAGUUUGUCUGUUUCCUGAGCUGUCAAGAGAUGUUUCACCACUGUUCCAUACACUGUAUCAUAGUAAAUAAUUUAUUGUGGAAGGAGAAAUUUCAGUGUGACAGUCUUGCGAAUAAAUACCGCAGAAAGAACCAAUAUGUGUGUGUACUGUGUAACCUGUUACCAGAUGCAGUUAAUACUUUAUCAGCUGUUUUCACACAUCAAGUUCUCCUUGAGUUUUGACUUGAAUAAUCUCUUUCAAUAUAUACAGCUGUUAACAAAAAUUCCAUUCAUGUACCAGGUCAUCUUCAUUUCAGUAUGCUCUGACCAGUAGCUGUUCUUUUGUAAAAUGUUUUCUGUUCUACUAAUAGAGAUCACAUUAAGUGAUUGUUUUUCCUCAGAGAUUUCUUUUUUUUUGCCAGAAUGAUACGGGAUGUGAAAAUGACCUAAACCUAAAAUGCGUAAGAUAAUUUCAAAUGGUAUGAUUAGAUUAUGGUUACAUUUUACUGACAUCAGGUAAGGUCUGACAAAAAAAAAAUUAAAUGAAAUGUGUGAUUUCAUUUGCUUAUUGUGAUGACUUUUACAUUUUGAGAAAUGGUUGUACAACCAUUGAUGUAAAUGAGUGGAAAGAAUGUUGAUCAUUUGCUUUAUUUUUGUUCUGAGAGCACAGUUUUUGUUUUCCCUUAGUUGAAGCUUGCUCCUUCAAUAUUUAGACAGGCUCUUAGAAAAUACUUUGAGAAUACAAUGAAAAUGUCACCUGGUGUAAUGAUCUCAAAACAAAUACUGUGACUUAAGUACAUAUUAAAAAGUAAAUACUUUUUACCUUCGUUGAA